AACAAUGCCGCCACCCGGAGAGAUAUCCGCCAGGUUUGUUUUGUAGCUGUCCGCCGGUGGUAGUUGUCGUCGGCUGUCUAUCCGCCAUCUGUGCCCACAGAGGUACUGCCCCGAUCUCACAAAGGUCAGCCGUAGCGCCUCCAGCGGCCAAGUCAGCACCGCACAGGUACCCGUCCCGAGCUUUAGCAGCCCCAAACGGGUGGAUCUGGCCAUGUACAGCAGCCUGCUCGGUGACGUCCCGUUGUUCAUCGCCCAUCGCCCUCAUCAACCCGCCUGGCCGGCUUCGACAUGCCCAGCUUCCUACUUCUUAUGAGGCUCCCCUAACGCUCGCUCACAAAAUCUUUAUCCUCUCGCAACACCACUACCAUCGGCCGGGCGUCCAUAUACUGCGAUCCCCUCAGCUUCCGCCUGGCCACGCAUUACACUACCCCUCCCUCCAGACCAGGCUCAUUUGGUGACGCUUGCCUUGUCCUCCUGCAACCAGCCCACAAUCUCAAGAUGAAUGUCCGGCCCCCCAUAGAAGCGUCCAGCACUGAGGCUGUCUUGUCCGUGUCAUUCAACAAUGAUGCAAGUUGCUUUGCCGCUGGCCUAGACUCUGGCAUCUGCAUCUUCCACACCAAAUCAUGUCUUCUCAAGGCCUCCAGAGAUUUCAACGCGGGCAUCGGCCUCGUCCAGAUGAUGGGCAUGACCAACUACCUCGCCCUCGUUGGCGGUGGCAGGUCCCCCAAGUUCGCCAUGAACAAGGCCAUAAUAUGGGAUGACAUGAAGGGCAAGGUCGCACUCGAAAUCACAGCCUUGACUGCAGUGCGCGGCGUGCAACUGGGGAGAGAGCGCAUAGCCGUGGUCCUCCAGAAUAGCGUCCGCGUUUACUCCUUCGCAAAGCCCCCGGAUCUCCUCCAUGUCUAUGAGACCGCAGAUAACCUCCUCGGCCUCUGCUGUCUUUCAGAAAAGAAGCUCGCAUUUCCAGGGCGCACCGCCGGCCAGAUCCAGCUGGUCGAGCUGGCAACUGGCAACGUCAGCAUCAUCCCAGCACACUCGUCGGCGCUCAAGGCCAUCACCUUGAGUCCGGAUGGCGAACUCCUCGCCAGCGCCAGUGAGAUGGGUACUCUGAUCCGCGUCUACUCAACAAGCAACUGUGCCCGCGUCGCUGAACUCCGCCGCGGCAUCGACCCAGCCACCAUUUUCUCCCUCGCCUUCUCUCCUUCUGGCACCGUCCUCGCCUGCACCUCAGACAAAUCCACACUCCACGUCUUCGACGUCCCCCACCCACGCAAGCCCCCCAUGCACCGCAGCCAGCAGCUGGGGACGUCGGGUGCGGACGCUGGGGACGGGACAGGUAAAUGGGGCAUUCUUAGCAAGAUCCCUUUGAUGCCGCGGGUCUUUUCAGACGUCUACUCGUUUUCGUCGGCACCGUUCGAAGCCGGUGACGAGUCCAUGAUCGGGGGCAUCCCAUUUUCAGAGGGCACUGUAUUGGGCACAUCAAGGCCUCCCAAGGGUGUCAUUGGGUGGAUCGCCGAGGACAGCCUAGUGGUGAUCGGCGCUGGCCAGGAUGCGAGAUGGGAGAAGUUUGUCAUCGUGGAUGGCGAAGAUGGAAAGCGGCAUUGUGUGAGGGAGGGCUGGAAACGAUACCUGGGCAAUACUUGAGUGUCGGAGGUUACAAACCUCUCGAGACAUCUCUCAUUAUGUGCGCGGCGAAUUUGGGGAGGCGUUCUAGGCGGAUCAAAUCAUCAGACUAGGUCUGUUGUUGGC